AUGACAAGCAACGGACCUGUCAUUGUCUACGAGUGGCUGAAGACCCUCCAGCUCGCCCAGUAUGUCGAGCCUUUCGUGGAUAAUGGUUACGACGAUCUGGAGGUGUGCAAACAAAUAGGAGACCCCGACCUGGAUGCCAUCGGCGUCUAUAUCCCUCACCACAGGCAGAGGAUUCACGACGCGGUUAGAAGGCUGAAGGAGGAAGCUAAAGAGACGGCCAGUGGACUGUACUUCACCCUGGAGCCGAUACCACCCGCAGCUGAGAUGUAUACAAGUCACAUGGUGGACCAGUAUGAGUCCAAACUGCGGGGAUCUAAGUCCUGGACCGAGCCCAACAGUGACAGGGUUGGGCGCACCGGUGGGUACAUGGGCGCACAGAGGAACCUGACGCUGGGCAACAGGAGGGAGCUGGUGAUUUACCCCAAGCUGAAGCUGAAGAUCAUGAUCAGGGAUAAACUCAUCAGAGAUGGCAUCAACCUUGCCAGGCCACCCUACUCUAAUAAGUCGAGCCAGCUAGCCAGCCCAACCACCCCCCUCAUCUACCCCCCUCGCACCCCCAAAGCAAACAGUGCCUCAUUCUACUUCACAUACACUUGGUCAAGGCCAAAUUCUUAUAACUGCAGUAGAUACCCUGAAAUAAGUACCAUCCUGAGGAUCCUCAAGGCGUUCAAGUGCGGUUGA